UUAACAAGAUCAUGCUCUCUUUGACCUACUAACUGAAUGGGCAGCUGAUAGCAAUGCGACAGAUCUAAUUCUAAUCAUGACUGUUGCAAAGGUACUGGAUUGUAGAACAGGGGAGGUUUGCUGAGCGAGCCAAGGAGUGCUGCCUAGCAGGAUGGAUAAAUGGCUGGCUCACAAACAGGUUGUUGGAUUGGGAGGAUGUCAAGUGGCUCAGGAUGCGAUACGGGGACAGGAUUCACAUACUUGUCUAAUGACCUUGAAGGCUAACUCUGCGCUGCCUACGUUUCUGGACCUCUCCAAGUGGGGCGGUCUAGUAAACAUAGAUGAUCUAUUUAAAAAUACGGGGAGGGGAGACACUGAAGUGGCACCCCAUUCAGAUCAGGGCGAUGAGGUUUGAUGGGGAGGAGCGAGCCAGGGAAAGAACAACUCUCCGUGGAGACAUAGAAUUAGAGUCAUCCAAAGCUUCACUCCCAAGGAGAAUGAGGAUGAUGGUGGGCAACAAACUCACUGCAUUCCACCACUUCUCUUCUGGAAAUCCCGAUACUGCUGUGAGAAGCUGGCCUCAUUUCAUGCUGCACCUGGGCUGCUGGGACCUCCCUGAAGGGAAGACGCUUGCUGGUCCUUCUUUGACUCUUACCUGGUGUUUCUAAACUGGCUCUUGCAGUAACAGUUGUGAUGAAUGUGACCUCUAGGUUAGCAUCUGACAAGCUUUGCGUGACUCAGAUUCAUCGAGUCAUGCAACACUCUGUGAAGGGAAGGAAGAGUGGGAUUGUAAAGCCCCACCCUGCGGAGGCGCUGCCGUCUUGGCUUUGGAAUGAGGGGACGGACGUGACCAGCAGUGGCCGCGAUGAGAGCAAUAGCCAACGGGUGGCGCCUCUCCUGCUGAUAAAAAUGAUCAACAAGUCCCGAUGGAAGAUGAUCUUAGGGCUGGCGUUCUUUCUGGUGUUGGCGUGGUACUCUAUAUCCCGCGAAGAAAGGUACAUACAUCUUUUUUCUUUCCCCGUGCAAGAUGUCAGAAUGACGUGUCCCCAAGGAGAGUUGGAAAAGAAAGCCACGCUGCUCAUAGGAAAUUACACACGGGACCAUCCCAUGUUUUUACACCUAAACGAUUACUUUUGGGUGAAGAACCAGUCGCCGUAUGAGCUGCCAUAUGGGACUAAAGGAAGCGAAGACAUUCUCCUCCGGGUGUUAGCGAUCACCAGCUACUCGGUGCCCGAAAGCAUCCAAAGCAUGAAGUGCCGAAGAUGUGCAGUGGUGGGGAACGGACACCGGCUCCGAAACAGCUCCAUGGGGGAAGCAAUCAACAAAUAUGACGUGGUAAUCAGGUUGAACAACGCACCGGUUCAUGGGUACGAGGGGGACGUGGGCUCCAAAACCACUAUGCGGCUGUUUUACCCAGAGUCCGCGCACUUCAACCCCAGACGGGAAAACAACCCGGAUACUCUGCUGGUGCUGGUGCCCUUUAAACCCAUGGAUUUCCAGUGGCUGGAGACGAUCCUCAAUGACAAGAAGCGAGUUCGCAAAGGGUUCUGGAAGCAGCCCCCUUUAAUCUGGGAUGCCAAUCCCGAACAAGUGCGCAUUCUGAACCCUUACUUUAUGGAAAUUACUGCUGCUAAAUUGCUUAAUCUUUCCAUGAGGCAGCCGCGGAAGAUUAAACAGAAACCAACAACAGGAUUAUUAGCCAUCACCUUGGCAUUGCACUUCUGUGACCUGGUACAUAUCGCAGGCUUUGGGUACCCCGAUUCUGCCAAUAAGAAACAGACUAUACACUACUACGAGCAAAUCACACUUAAAUCAAUGGCUGCUUCGGAGCACAAUGUCUCGCACGAGGCAUUGGCAAUAAAAAGGAUGCUUGAAUUAGGCAUCGUCAAGAACCUUACGUACUUCUGAUGGGACGUGGACUGGAAUCUCCCCGCAUUGCCUUGGCCUCCACCUUGGCUGCCUGUUGCCCAGCGCGUCCCAACAUCCACCGGGCCGGAGAUACCUGCUGCUUCGCCGCAGGGCCCCGAAUGGGCUCCUUGCUCGUGGGGAGGGCUGGCUGCUGGGGACAGCGCUGGUCCUGGAGAAAGUGGGCAGAGGGGGAGAGGGCUGCAGAGUCCCCCUCGGCCAGGCUGACGUGGCUUUCAGCCACGUCGUGUCAAGGCUGAGAAGCAGAGCAUCCAAAAUCCUUACAGUUGUGGGGUGGCUGGAUCCCUUUGUGGCCAAGCCAACGCUGACUUGCCGGCUUUUAGGGUGGCGCAGAGGGUGCCCCCGUGGGAUGGGCCCUCAUGGCUUGCUGCUGCACCCCCCAUCUUUGGCCUGCCUGCUCUGUGUAGGGGACUGGGGCUGUUUGCCGCUCUGUUGAACUGAACGCUGGACAGGUGAAGAAUUGUCAACUUCUCGCCAGAUCAGUUUGCUCUCAGUCCGAAAGAGGCAGCGGGGCUGGUUUGACCCCCCUACACCAGCCCCCCUCCCAGGGUGGGGGGCUGUCUCUGGGGGUGCAGCGCGUGGGAAUGCUGCUGUAGGUGAAAGUUGUAAUGGUGUCCUUUUUUAAACAUUUAUUUGGGGGGGGGGGGAAGGGGAACCGUGCAGUAUUUUGCCGAUGGGGUUUUAGACUGACCCUCCUUCCCCCCAAUGCUGCUUCCCAGUGGGAAUGGGGAGGUGGCGAUCAAAGUGGGGGCAGAGAGGCAGAGUGGUGGGAGCAUUAAAUUAUUCUUCGCUGACAGAGCACAGCUGCCUGCUUUACCCCCAGCAGCCCUCGGGCAGUGCAGGGGAGGAGUUUGAAUUCUGUUCUGUAAGAGGGUCUAGCAUGGGGAGCUAAGGUGACUCCUGGUUUGGAGGAGGAAUCGUGGCCGCUUCAGGAAUGAGCUGUCCCCAGGGCCACCUCCACCGUGGGGCUGAGAUCGGAUGGCAGACGCCCUCCGCUCGGCCACACUUAAGGAUCUGAAGUAGGAAUAAAUAGGGUUUCCUUUUCCUUUAG